UCUCCAUGUAGGAAGGUUGAGUCAGGAUCCAUGGAAGUAAACAACUCAGUUUGCUGGAAUGGCCUUGCCCUUUUUAGUGCUGUGGCUGCUGGAGGGAACAGUGCCAGAGCAUACCAAGUCAAGGCAGAGUCCUAAAUCUAAACCACAUCCCCCCUUCCCCCUCCCCACAUAUACACGUAAACACACAAACGCACACACAUACAGUCCUCAGCAAUGCCAAGGGGGCCUGAUCAGCCUGCUGCCCGCUCUGACAAGCCCUGCCUCUUCACCUCAGACCCUUGAGGCUGUCCCCUCUGAGCUUUGACCUUUGACCUCCCCUUCGUCGACCUGGGAACCAGAGGUCACCUGUUCUCCACUCAUCCCGGGGACGCCCUCCUGCCCAGCCGGGAGCAGCAGCCACGAGCCGCACUCACAGGCAUGGCUCCCAUUCGGGAUUCCGUCAGCCACUCCCCUAAUCAAACAGGUCUGGACCAUCCUGGCUUAGACUCGCAAUAUGAGCCUUCCCCCUGGUCCUCUGGCUCUCCCUGCAGCAGUGACGGCAACAGCAACUGGGGCAAAGUCCUAGUGGACGGAAGCACCGACAAACCCAACAACCCUUCUUCAACCAACUCUUCCGUCUGGCCUCCCUCCUCCUCUUCAUUCUCUUGCUCCUCGUCUUCUUCCUCAUCUGGCUGCGGGUCAGGAUCAGACCCCGAGUUGGCAUCAGAAUGCAUGGACGCAGACUCUAGCUCCUCGAUCGGCUCAGAGAAAAACCUCGCCGCUGUGACGACAGUGAUGAUGAUGUCAGCAAAUGCUUCUUCCUCUGUGUCUUCUACGGCUUCUUCUCCCUCCUCUUCUAUGGUGACAUCUGCCAUGAUGGUCGGCGUUUCAGUGAAUGGAGACAGCAACGGCAACAGUCAUCAGGUAGUUGGUGGAGGCGUGGGAACCAUCAGCGGUGCAAGUAAUGGAAACAAUAACAUCACCGGAUCCUCCCACUACUCUGUGGCUGGGUCCAGCAGUAUUGGCAGCAAUAACAUGGGUAACCACAACAACAAGCCCGUCAAUAACAGUGGUGUAUGGGGCAGCAACAUGAUCACCACCGGCGGAAGCACCCCCUGCAUCAAUGGAGGGUUAAACCCAAACACUUUAAACCCAAAUGCCAACCACGGUGCCUGGCCGCAGAAUCCAACCCCAAGCCCAGUGUCCCAGGGCCAACGGCCUCCACAGGCUCAGGGGAUGAGUUCCAAACUGGGUAUAGCUCCCCAACAGGGCCCCAUGCUGGGCUGGGGUGGCAUGGCAGCUCCGAACAACAGCAGUAUGAUGGAAGACACUGAGGUGAAUAAUGGUACAGCAAGCAGCAAGGUGUUAGGAAGCAGCAACAGUGGAAAUGGUGGCCUACAGCCUACCAACCUUAACUCUGAAUCCAAUGGACCAAAUAACACUAUUAUGAUGAAUACUACUACUACUACUACUACUACUAAUGCCACAAUGACCUCUAGUCCACCAAACUCUACCGCCUCACCCCAACUCAGUGGGGAUUGCUCCUGGGGCUCUGUUGGAGGAGGGAAUGGGGGUCCGCUGGCCAAUGGAAACCCCUCAUCAGCCCCCCAGCACCCCCAAGGAGAGCUGGGGGGUCCAGGGGCCUUCGGUACGCCUUGGGGUGCAACUACCUACCCUGGAGACAAGGGCCCCCCAAAUGCAGACACUGUGAACCCCCAAAAUCCUGCCUUAAUGCAGGCUGGGAACCCCCAAAUUUCCUCUACUGCUGCUUACAAGAGUAAUAAUAACCACAAUAACACUGGGGCCCCACGCUGGGACCAGGGGCCCGCCAAUAACCCAAACCAGCCUCAGAGCAACUUGUCCUGGGGUAUCGGCUCAAAUCAAGUCCCAGGCUCUGCAGGCCAAACACCAGGAAAUGGGAACCAAACUACGAUGGGCCCUUCAGCAGGGAUACCUCGCCCCUGGGGGAGCAGCGCGUCGUCUUCUUCCUCGUCAUCAUCGUCCUCUUCCACAUCUAACAAGAUGUCAAAUGGAGAAUGGGGAUCAAUAACACCUGGUAACAACCAUUCAGAUGCUGGAAGUCAUAAAGGAAGCUCUGCCAACAAUGGCUGGAAGAGCCUGGAGGAUGACGCCAUGGGAAUGGGAGGUGGAGGAGGUGGUGGAGGAGGUGGAAACCAUGGCGUGGGGAGUGUCACUGGAGGCUGGCCUCGCUCUGGAGGAAGUGAGGGAAGCGCAGAGAGCUCUGGAGGCCAAUCCAGCUCAGACAGAGACAGCAGCCAGUCAAAAGGGGGAAAUCGCAGAAAAGUUAUCCAUCCUGCAACAGUACAAUCAGAUGCGUCCCAGGUCGAUGUGGACCCGAGGGUUCUGUCCAACACUGGAUGGGGACAGACGCCCGUACGGCAGAACACCUCCUGGGAUGUCAAUUCUCCUGCUAACAAUCGGCAAAAAGGUCCCAGUGGAGACGAGAGAAAGCCGAGCAGCGGAGGCUCCGGAUGGGGCCCAGCAACACCGGCAGCUCCCUCCCAGACAUCCGGAGGUUGGGGGGGUGGGCCAGGCAGCUCAGGCCCUGGUACAGGAGGUUCUGGCUGGGGAGAACGGCCAACCUCUGGGUGGGACAGCAAAGGCCCAGCGAGUGGAGCAGGUGGGCAGAGUAGCUGGAACGAUGGAUCUGGCUACAAGGGGAGCACCAACAACAGUAACACCUGGAGCAAUAACAUUAACAAAGAUGACAGGUCCAAUACCUGGACUAAUGCACCCAAACCGCAGCAGGGCUGGGGUUCCAGUAGUGGAAACAGAAGUGAAUCCUGGGGUAAUGGUGGAGAUGGAGCCAGAGCAGGGGGCAGCAACCACUGGGGGGAGCCCCAAAAAGGUGCCAACUCACAGAGCUGGGACAACGACAGCGACCGGUCAGGCUCUGGAUGUUGGAACGCGCCAAGCCGAACCAACACCAGCAGCAGCAGCAGCAACACCUGGGCAGGGAGUGGAGGAUCAAAUAAUCCAGACCAGAGCACUCCGAACCCGGGCUCCAACUGGGCCGACAAACCCAAUCCUCAGAGUAACAGCCAGAGCUGGGGUGAGCCAAUGAAGAACAACCACGGAGCCCAGAACUGGGGUGAUCCGAAUCCCAAGCCCUCCAACGAGUGGGGAAAAGGUCCUGAAUCCAACAUGUCUAGAGGCAAUCAAGCCCCUAACAAGCCCACAGGCUGGCUGGGAGGCCCCAUGCCCACAGGAGGGCAGAAGGAGGCAGUGGCAACUGGGUGGGAAGAGCCUUCUCCAGAGUCCGUUCGUCGAAGGAUGGAGAUCGAUGAUGGGACAGCAGCUUGGGGAGACCCUGGUAAACACGGCGGUAGUUCUGUCAACAUGUGGAACAGGACCGGCCAAUCAGACCAGGAGGCCGGUGGCCCAUCCACUCAGCACCAGUCCCACCCAGCACGCAGCUCCAUGCAUCCUCCGCAGCCCAUGCAUCCUCCUCAGCCCAUGCAUCCUCCUCAGCCCAUGCAGCCUGUUGCCCAGGACAAAAGCUGCAAUCCUGGUUGGGGUGAGCAUUACACCCAGAAGAAGGAGUCCUUAACAUGGGAACCUACCCCCGCUCCACCUGUGAAAGUGGACAACGGGACGUCUGCCUGGGGGAAGCCCAUGGACACCAGCUCCACCUGGGAGGGACCUGGCAGGGAUGACAGAGAGUCUGGUCCUGGAUGGGCCAGCCAGCAUAAGUCUGCUCCAGGUCCCAAGCCCAUGGAGACAUGGGGUGGUGAGGAGGCGUCCAUGGGCAAUAGCUGGGACCAGGAAGAGGAGGUGGAGAUUGGCAUGUGGAGCAACAGCCAACAGGACAACAGGUCCCACGACCAAAACAGCUGGAACUACAAGCAUAAAUGCUCCAACAAGAUGAACAAACCAGUCAACAAACAGGAUGAACCCUGGAUGAAACCUCUCAUCAACCAGUUCAACAGCAUGAACUUCUCUAGAGACUCUCCUGACGACUCCAUGAAGACAGGAGCAGGGAUGGUGCAGGACAAGCGCAUGGACAUGGGCAGUAUGGGAGACUACAAUGGAGUAAUGGGGAAGAACCCUGGGUCUCGACACCAGCUCCACAAGGAGUCUGCCAUGGAUCGCAGCCCUUACUAUGACAAGCUGUCCGUUUCCUCCUCUGCUUACAAUAACGCAGCUUCUGAUGAGCUCUCCUCCAAUCAAAGCAUGAGCUUUUCCUCUUCCACUUCUGCUCAGCCUAUCCCCUGUCUUGACUCUGGGCCGUCUCCUGCCCACUCUAGUCCUGGGGGCGCUCGGCAGAAUGUAAACCCUAUGAUGGGUGGCAGCAGCGUAGCACAGGGCCGAGGCGGCCCCCAGUCCCAGAUCCCCCCUCAACCCAACCUCCGCAACCAAGUGCCUCCACCCAUCCUGCCCUCUCAGGUGCCUCCAUCCCUGUUGAAGUACCCAGGAGGUAACGGAGGUCUGAACCCUCUGUUUGGCCCUCAGCAGGUGGCUAUGCUCAACCAACUCUCCCAGCUCAACCAGCUGUCACAGCUCAACCAGAUCAACCAGUUACAGCGACUUCUCCUCCAGCAGCAGCAGCAGCAGCAGCAGCAGCAGCAGCAGCAGCAACAGCAGCAGAAAGCUCAGAGCCAGAGACCCAUGCCUGUGGGACGACCGUCUGAACAGACACGUCCUAUUGGUUCGUCUCCAUCAAUGAUGCCACCGCGGCACCUGGACCCCUCCCUGCUGAAACAGCCCCCGCUCCACAAACCUUACCUGGAUAACUACAUGUCCCACAACACCCCUGAGAUGCAGAAGGACGCUGCUGCUCUCGGAUCCUUCAGCAACUUCCCUUUAAGCUUGAACUCUAACCUGAAUGUACCCCUGGACAUGGGUGGUGGUGGUAGUGGUGGCGGAGCUGUGAGCUACAAAGAGCCACCCCAGUCCAGACUGAAGAAACUUUGGGCUACUGACCCUCUGGAGCAGAACAGCAAACCUGGUGCUAUGUCGUCUGGGCUGCGUCUGGAGGACUCUCCCUUCUAUGACUUCCUGUCUCCUGGCCCAUCUCCCCUGAGUCCUCCCGGCCAAUCAAUGGGCUCGGUGGGUGAUGGCUGGCCGCCCCGUGCCAAUUCCCCCCCGCCCCAUGGAAACACUGUCACCUGGCCCCCAGAGUUCCGGCCCGGGGAGCCUUGGAAAGGUUACCCCAACAUUGACCCUGAGACUGACCCUUACGUGACCCCUGGCAGUGUCAUCAACAACCUCUCCAUCAACACCGUCCGCGACACAGACCACCUCAGGGACAGGAACAACGGGCCAUCCUCAUCACUGAACACCACGAUGCCUUCUAACAGUGCCUGGUCAUCCAUUCGUGCCUCCAGCCACAGCGGUUCCCUCACCAGUACAGCACAAAGCACUUCAGCCAGACCCAGUGAGUCAAAGUGGUCUCCCGGCGGCGGUUCUGUGUCCAACUCCUCCCUGGCCCAUGAGCUGUGGAAGGUCCCCCUGCCUCCCAAGGCGAUGUCUGUGGCGGCCCCCUCCAGACCACCACCCGGCCUCACCAGCCAGAAGCCCAGCUCUGCCUCCUCUGGCUGGGACGGCUCUGCCCUGAGGCUAGGGGGGUGGGCCUCUUCUGAGUCCAGAUACACACCUGGUUCCAGUUGGGGCGACAGCAGCAGCAGCAGCAGCAGCUCAGGGAGAUCCCAAUGGCUUGUUCUGAAAAAUCUCACACCUCAGAUUGACGGCUCUACCCUGAGGACCUUGUGCAUGCAGCACGGCCCUCUGAUCACAUUCCACCUCAACCUGCCGCACGGUAACGCCGUGGUAUGCUACAGCUCCAAGGAUGAGGCCGCAAAGGCCCAGAAGAGCCUGCACAUGUGUGUUUUGGGGAACACUACUAUUCUGGCCGAGUUUGCCAGCGAGGAGGAAAUCAACCGUUUCUUUGCACAAGGGCAGUCAUUGGCCACUCCCUCCUCUAGCUGGCAGACCAUCGGCUCCUCUCAGAGCAGAAUGGAUCAGUCUCACCCCUUUCCCAGCCGCGCUCCUGAACCCACCCAGUGGAACAGCAGCGAUCUCCACAGCUCCUCCCUCUGGGGCGGGCCCAACUAUUCCAGUAGCCUGUGGGGGAACCCCAGUGGCACCGAUACAGGGAGGAUCAGCAGCCCCUCUCCAAUCAGCUCCUUCCUCCCGGUGGAUCACCUGACAGGGGGCGUGGACUCCAUGUGA